AUGGUGUUUGUUUAUGGCUUCCGUAAUGGAAAUGCUUCAGCUGCUAUUGAAGAAUAUCGUCAACGUUUUCCACACCAAAGAUAUCCUGAUAAAAACGUAUUUAUUAGAGUUUUUAGAAAAUUGUGUGAGACUGGAAUAGGAAACAAUCUAAAAUACGAACUGGAACCUGAUAGUGAGAAAAGAGUACCGAAGAAAAAGGAUGUUAUACAAGGCCAUCCCAUACAUUUUACCGAAAAAUUAAGUCAAAAUCUUGAUGAGAAUGAUGUGCAAGACAAUAAUACUAAACAUUCAGAUAACGUCUUGAGUCAGAAAUCUAACAAAUAUGUAUUAGAAGUUACGGGGUUUAAGCCUACAAAGGAUGACAAUUAUCAUCAGUCGAGUAAAAAGACGAUAACAACAAAACCGAAGGAGAUGUCAGAGGGACUCGAUACUUAUCAAAUUGGAAGCAAUAUUGGUGAAUUGUUAAAAGGAAACACCAAGAUAGACAAAUUUGAAGAUAAAGUAUCUAGAGAUAUGAGACAUUACAUAGAAAAGUUGAAUAUUAAAAAACAGGUUCAAUUAGAUAAGUUUGAUAAUAAUAAGAAAAAUGACGAGGUCAUAAACAAGGUGCAUGUACAGAAUGAGCUUGGAAGUAAUAAAUCUAUAAAAGCGCUUGAUACUAGCAAAUUUUCUCAAUCUACUUCGAACAAAUUGACUAUUAAACAAAAGUGCGAAGACAUUAAAACUAAUAACGAUGUAUUAGUAGAAAAACAGAAUUUUAAUAAAAAUGUUCCUAAAUCAGCGCAAGUAUUUGAUGGUAAAAUAGAGAAAUUGCAAAAGAUACUUUUUAAGUAUAAAUGUGAAAAUAAAGAACAAACUGUAGAAGUUCUCUAUGAAAAAUCUGAAAAAACUCCUACUCAGAACUCUGAUAAUUCCAACGAACGAAAAUCCAGUCUAGGAGAUGGAGCCGACAAAACCUUAUCAGGUUUGCCAAAUAGACCUGUAAGUAAGCACAUAAGAAAAAUCAAGGAAACCAACAUGAAAACUAAGAAAGAACCCACAAGUAAAAUAGAAUCACUAAUUUCAACAAGGGCAUUAUUGGAAAAAGUGAGAAAGGCCAGUGAAUUGAAAGGUUCAAAACUCACGUCUGAUGACAGUUCUAUAAAACAAAAUACAACCACAAGUGUAUUUUCUAAGCCAGAUAUUCACUCAAAUGUCAAUAUUUCUGUAGCCAAAGAAGAAUUGAAUCCAUGUGUCAAUCAAAAACCUAUUGAAGUUGUCGCACCUACUUUAUAUCAAAAAGUGAAACUAGCGGAAGAGAUUAAAUCUAGAAUGUCGAAUUAUAGAGCGGGAUCUACCCUUGAUACUGCAAAUAGAGAAUUUCAAAAGGACAGUAGAACAAGGAAUAUAAGUGAAGAAGAGCCAAAUAAAAAUAUAGAUAAGUCUAUUUCUGAUGCUGAUAGUUACAAAUUAACAUUCCCAUAUAAUGAAACGGUUCCUCCAAAAAACGAUUUGAAGGAAAAUAAAGUAACAUCCUGUGAUAAAAAACAAGGUAUUAAUAAUUCUCAAGAAAAUGAGAAAGGAGCUCCGGAAGAAAAAACAAAGAGAACUAUAAAGAGUGGAAUAUCUUCAACGGUGAAUUCGAAAAAUGAAGUUGCAAAAAGUGAAUUAGAAAGUUUGAAUAAAUUACAAGAAAUUAACGAAAAAGAAGAGCAGAUAUUACCAUUGGAAAAAACAUUAGACGUAUCUAAAGCAAAUGAAACCGUAACAAGAGAAUUAGAGAACUUACUUGUAGAUCCUAUGAAUGAAAUUAAUCUUACGAGGCCAGAUACAACAGUGGUGGAAUCUAAAGCAAACUCUCCAAAAAAACGAGGAAAAAUGCAACUUCGUACUAAAAAAUAUGAUAACCUAAGAGCAAAAAAUCUAAGAAGAAAAAGUUUUGGUAAUACUCACAAUAUUACACGGGAUGCAAAUGAAAACAAAGAUAAUUCUGAGGAAAUUGAUGCAAAGAUCAAAUCGGAAGAGAAAUAUGAAGAUAAAGUUGAAGAUGAAAUACGUGACUCAACCGAGAUAAUGUCUGGGAAGGAAGAAAGUGGAGUGUCGAAGAAAGAAAAAAUACGAUAUAGAACGUACAAUGAUUUGCAUUUAUCAAAAGUGGCUUCCAGAAAGAAUAAAGUCGCAAUAAAAGAUAGCAAACAGAUUUUAAUGCCAAGUAGAUCUGUAGGUCAGAGUGAGCGAGAACAAAAGAAUACAAAUAGUAAACAAAAUAGGCGACUUAGGAAUAACAAAGAGCUUUCAGAAGAUAGCGUAACGAGCAAUAAAUCUGAUAUUGUAAGAGAUAAAAGUAUUGAUAAAUCAGUAAAAAAUGAAGAGAUGAAUAUGGUUAAAUCUAACAUAAAAAAAGUUGAUGGAAGUACUGACAUUUUGAAAAAAGAAAGUCAAACAUUCUCAACUUCUGCCUCAAAACCUGAAAUCAAAAUUUGUUCUAAUGUAAUAGGAGAUUAUAAUAAAACAAAAUUGCUAACUGCCGAUGAAACUAUAUGUCAUACCUUUAAGACUCUCGAUGAUUCUUAUUUUGUGAAUUUAAAAAAAGGAAAUCGAGCUCCGAGGCAUGAUAAAAUUGUGGGAUUUCAAUUUAAAGAAAAUAUAACAGAGCAUGUACAAGAAACAAAUAAUGAUAUUAGUGCAACCAUGGAUAUUGUGGAUCAUUUUCAAUUAUUGAAAGAAAUUUCUAACAAAGCUAGGGAAGGUCUCAAAAAACAAAAUAAAAUGAAUAUCCUGCAGAAUAAUACGGAAUAUAAACAGAAAGAUAUGGAUUCAACGAUUUCGGAUCAAGUGAAUUUUGUGAAAGAUUCCAAUGACAUGGAAAUCAAAUCACUUAUCAGAAAUAAUGAUGAUGCAUCUUGCAGUACAACAGGGAAAGAUAAAAGUUCUGAUAUAUCAGUGGAACAACCGUUUAUAAGAAAAGAACUUCCUCGACCAUCACCCAAACGAGAUGAUAAAUCAAAGAGAGAUCCUCCGAAGACAAAAACAGAUAUAAAGCUGCCUCCUCCAAAGAAUCAAGAAGGAUCCAAACUAGAUGAUGAAAUUUAUAAGGCAAAACAAACGCCAAAAACAAAAUCAGAAAUAAAUAUUGAGGACAAAGGCAAAGAACAAUGGUUCAAAAAUAAAUUAUUACCUAAAAAUACCAAGGAUGUACGGAAAUAUAUUUUAAUAAAGAAAAGUGAGAAUAUGCGAGACCAAUUAAAGUGUGCGGAAGGCUCUAUUGUUGAUCUAAAAAAUAAUUAUAAAGUUAGCCCUGUUCCGAAUUUAAUAAAACAAGCAAGAGUAAGCCACAUUGAUAACAAGAAAACAAGGUUAGAAAGUGUUGCUCAAAAAGCAAACUAUCCAUUAAAAGCAUCAUCCGAUGUCACUUCGAAUUUCACUAAUAGUAAAAGUCAUGUUGUAUUACGAAAAACGCAAGAACGCAUUUUGAACAAACAGAACGAAUUUAUGGUACAAGAAACGCCCCAUAAAUAUCCUAAUAGAAGACAACCAUUGCCGAUACAUAUUGUCAGAAAAUUGAUGAAAAUAAAGCGACAAAGGGACAAAGGAAAACAAUAUGAUCGUAUUGCUGAAUAUGAGAAGUUCUUCGACGUUGUCACAAAUCCACUAGAAACAAUGAUUCAAAAACCCGAUUGGAAGCCAAACCAUUCAGAGUCGAGUCUGAUGAAAAUCUAUUUAUUAGAAGAUGAUUCUAAAACUGAAGAAACUCCUUAUUCGUCUAAGAAAGUUAGGGAAAUUGAGAAGGAAGGUGGAGAAUCAGAUAUUUCAGAAAUAAAAAAACCGAAUGUAUCAGCUUCUAAGCAAGUAAUGAGGUCUUCCGAAACCGAGACUCCUGUUGAAGAUGUAGAUAAGUAUUCAGUUGAAAACGAAGAAAUUAAUGUGUGCUCUACAACAUGUCCUUCGAACGAUAAAACAGUUGAAACCAAAAAGAAUAUGUCUGUGACUAUAAAGGAUAAUUCUUCAGAAAAAAUUGUUGUUGACUUCUCUGACAUGAAGCAAAAAAAAUCUUUGCUUUUGAUUUUUAACGCAGAAAAACCGGAUUCCAAAUCAAAACCAGAAAAUAUAAGUGAUGAUAGACUUGAUUCUAAGCAAAACAGAAAAGACAGAGAUAAAAUUAAUUUGGAAGAAAAAGAUGGGAGCUUGUUUCCGGGUGGAACAGAAUGUGGAAGGGAAAGUGUAGUUUUCGUUCUUAAAAAUCAUGUUACUAAUGAAAAGAAUACAAUAAAUGCAAGUCACACUAUGCCCAUGAUCGAUGAUAGAGAAAAAUGCGAAGUGAUUGACAAGGAAACUAACAAACUCAUGGAUGAGAACGAAAAAGCAAGCAAAAAACCUUUUUUUAGCAACUCUACAGGAAAAUACGAUAAUACAAUACAUAAACUAGAAGAAUGUUUCAAAAGAAUAAUUGAAAAUUUGAGAAAACUGGACGAGAAAGGUCAACUUGUUAAAAGUGUGUCGAAUGUAAAUGGAAUGGUGUCUAAGUGCACGAACAAAUUUUUGGAAGAGCUGCUAGAGAAGAAAGCGGCAUAUAAUCAGGAGCAAAUAGAACUUAAAAAAAAUCAAGAUAAGCAAAAUAAAGACAAAUAUAAGAAACAAGUCCUAGAAAAAACUACAACAGGUUCCGAAAUAAAUGAAAAUAAUGAAAGUGAAGCAGCACUGCCAGCUAGCCAGAAACUCAAAAUUGAGACAUGUAGCGCCAAUCAAAUUCUUCCUAAAGAUGAAAUGGUUGAAAGAAAUCAAUUAUUUUCUCAACUAAAGCAAGAAGUUCGGCGUAGUAAAGAGUUGAUACUGGACAACAAAGAAGAUAAAAAUCAAACUAUUAUACAAAUUGAACAAAAUAAUUUUGAAAAAGAGUCCGACAAAGAAAGUGAAGAGAAUGCAAGAAAAAGUGCAACUGGCAAUGAUAAUUCAGACACAGAUGUAAUGACAGCAAUAGAAAAUAGCUUACGAGCAGAUGAUUUGCUCAAGAAACCAGGAGACCAUAUCGACAAAGAGACCAAUAUUAUGUUGCAGAAUAAUGAAAUUCCUUCCCAGUUGGUUGAAAUUAUAGAGGAAACUAAACCUAGUGCUCGAGAUACUGAUGAAAUUGAAAAUUUCGGGAAGUUGAGAUCAAGUGAAACUAAUAAAAAUUUGGACUUUUACAGUUUUAAAGAUAGUACAGAGAAUAGCUCGACAAAAAACACAUUGGAAGUAAGAGAAAAUAUGAUGAAUCACUAUAAAAAAGCGUUAAAUAAUAAAAAAAUAAGAAAAGAUACCGGUUCACUUGAUUCAGAACAAGAUAAUAAGACCAUUCAAAGAAUUGGGGAUACGUUGUCCCAAGAUAAUGAUAAUACCGAGGUUAAUUUAGCUUCUUUUGGAAAUAAAGAAAUUAUGGAUGAUGUAAUUCAGCAAAAUAAGGUACAAAAAAUCCACAAUACCACAACACAACAUAUCGAAGAAAUUAAUUCUGAUGUAGAAAUGGAUGAGGUAAAAGUUGUGAAGGUGCAAAAUAGUUCUGGGACGAAUAGAACUUUGAAAAGUAGCAGUAAAAAAGAUAAAACUAAAAAGGGUGCUUCAAUUUUAACUGAAAAUAACAUUGUUAAAAUUAUUGUUCAAACUCAGACUGCAAACAUAGUAAUGACUAAUAAUGGAGGGUUUGACACCAAAGCAUCGGAAUCUAAGGGAUCUCUUGACUUAGAAGUAGCGAUAAAAAGACUAAACAAAGACGCGGGAGAAGAUAUGGAAAAUAAUAAGAUGAAAUCAUUGGAGAGUCUAUUCAAAGACGUCGAUUCAAUGAAAAAAUUAGUUAACAAAGUCGAAGAUAUGGAUAUUUCCAAUAAAGAUUCAUUUAGAGAUAAAAGCUUCCAAUCUUUACAACAAAAUACCAUCACUUUGACCAAACUAGAGAAGCACGAUGUAACUAAAAUGUGCCCUUCAUACAACACGAAUCACAAUAAUUUGAAAAUACAAUCUAAAGAAGAUGAUGGCGCUCUUUCUGAUAUUCAUAGUAACGUUAAAUCUUUUUUCCACGAAAAUACUUCAAAUUUAGAGAAAAGCAAGAUAAUGGAAACGUGCAAAAAUAAUUCUAGAAGUACCUUUUCUAAAACAGCUGCUAAAUCGUUGGAACAGCUCAACAAAGAAGAAUGUACUAGAUAUUGCUUCGCUGAAUAUGAUUAUAGUUAUGCGAAAAGGAAAGCGAAGAAACAAUUAGAAAAAAAACGUGGUAAACUAGAUAGUGAUGAAAUUUGUUUCAGAGCAUAUUUUUCAAGCAUAGAGAACAGAUUGAAUAAAAUCCAAGACAGAUCACCCUACAUUCAAGGGAGAAGAGAUAUUGAGAGGAAAUUUGGUCUAAAUGACACUAAUUUGAAUUUGAAUAGAAAUUAUUCUGCUACGUCAAAUGCAAUUAUAUCACAUAACAUCUUAACAUUCAACGAUGUAAAUACGGAGAAAAAACUUAUUCAUGUGUUAUACAGAGAAAAGCUUGAAAAUAAAGACACCAAAAAAAACUGUAGAAGCACGUUGGGAAAUGAGGAUAAAAUAGUUCCAAUAUUAUCAGGUAAAGAUGAUGGUGACGAAUCUAGUAAAUCUACUGAUAAUAAAACACCCAAAAAAGGUGAUAAUAAUAAAAAAUCUGAUAAAGCUUCCAAAAAAGCUGUAUUCAGAAUAGUAAAAGCACCGAAUAUCCACCGAAGUGGUAGGCGCUACACAAAAUCAGUCAAAUUGAAGGCAAAAAAACAUAAAAGCAAAGAUUCUCAGAAGCCCGUAAAACCAAACUAUCAAGGAAGGAGGAAUGUCAUUAUAUAUCUAUUACAAAAUCAAUUCAAUAACAGAAUGAACAAAUCAAAUUUAGAAACAAAAAAUAAAGUAUCAAAUCCCAAGGAAGAAAUAGAGAAAACAAUAAAUAAAUUUAAAGUUGAUAUUACCCAUGACAAUGAUUUAGAUUUUCAUACAGUAUCUAUAACUGAUGCCGAAUUAUAUAAAGAAAAACGUUCUAGAGACAAUGUCUACAGAAGCGAUAUAGUCAAUUCCAAAACCAAAACAGUGAGAACCUUUGUAAACGAUUUCGAUAAGAAAUCUACUGAUCCGUCCAGCCACGAAAAAGAAGUCAAUACCAAAAUUAAUCUUGGAGGUACCAAGGAAAAUAAGAUAUUACAAAAUAAAGAUGUGCAUUCACUUGAGAAAAGUACCGAUAAGCGUAUUUCAUCCUCUAAAUAUUUACUGGAAAGACAGGCUUUACUGUAUAAGAAACAUUCAGCUGAAUAUAAAAAUCCACAAAUAUUAAAUACACCAAGUAUAUUAAAAUCCACAAUCUCCCAAAAAUCAACUUCCGAGCAUACAGUUUUUUCUAAACGUAAAGCGUCUUCCAAGAAUGAGAAAAGUGGAAAUAAAACUACAAACGAUAAAGAAAUUGAAAAUAACAAAAGUGACGAUAAAGAAACACCAAAAGCCACUUUAAAUGAAGACGAGUUAAAAAAUUUCAGAGGAAUACUAAGCGAUGAAUUAGAAAAUAUAUUCGGGAAAGGUCCCCAGAAAAAUAUGAAUUCUGAUAAGUUAGUAGCCAAAGUGGAAGAAUUUGUGGAUAAUAAAGACAUGAAAUUACAAAAAUUCAACAGAAAAUUACGUGGUUGUACGGAUUUGCAUUCGACUUUCAAAAGCAAAAUUGACUCACAGAGUGUUAAAUCGAGAAGUUUGGUAUCCAAUAACUCCACAAAACUAAAAUCUGUAGAAACGAAGGAAUCAACACACAAUUCAACUAGUAUCCAGAAUUUAAUGCAUACAAAAAUAACAAUUGAAAAAGAUAUUGGAAAUAAACGAAGUACUAAAGUUCAUACGCCUUUGGAAAAUUUCUCGACUCUUACUACAAAAACUAAUUUGUCGGAUGAGACUGUUACACAAAGUACUCUCUCCGUAAGAUACGAGCUUCUGAAAAAAUUACAAGAUGAAUUCAAUAAACAGCAAUCUUUUAAUGAUAUCUUGGAAAUGAACAAAACAAAACUGAGUUCGAACGAAACCGAAGGUCAUGUUCAAAAUUACAAGGAUGGCGCGUCUCAUACUACAGAUUAUAGCUGCUUGGAAAAAGGAAGUAAUCAGAGUCUGUUUGACGAUAAAAUAACGUCCGAUGCUCCAUCCAAUAUGCAUUCCAUUGAUAGAGCUAAAAAUAGUUUGGAAUCUUUUUUAAAAAACUUGAUUAAUAAGUUUGGUACUGCUCAUCAAAGAGAUGAGAAGGACCCUAAGAAGUGA